UCCUGGGCCGGAUGGGAGGUUGAAGCGCCCUGAACCUGGCGAUGGAUUCCCGCUCCUCGGGGCGCGGGUGUCACAGCCCACGGGUGGCUGUUGGCGGCUGAGGGGCUCAGCGCGUGGUUGACGGCUGCAUUCAUGGAUGUGUUUUCCUUUCAGGGCUCCCUCCUCAAGUGCCCGCGAAGCGCAUGCUAGAUAUCCUAGUACUUCUUCUCGAGUGGAGGCCUGGGAGGGUUGCCAGUGUCGUUUGCUGUGCGGUCAUUGUGUUGUCAGGUUCAGGUCACUGUAGCUGAUAUCACUGCCACCAACUUCGGGUUCCAGUUCAUCUAUUCUGUGCUUCUGUCCUGAGCCUGCAGAAGACCCGCUCUGAGGCCUCGGAAGCCUAUAAUCCACCUCAGGUUAUUGCCAUCUUUCCUCUACACUCACACAAACACCUAUACUUAUACACACACUCCAGAAAGGUGGUGCUCCUAGUCAAUGCAUGAAGAUUUUUUCAUUUCUAUUUCAAGCUGGUAACACAGCCACUGCUGCCUCAGAAUAAGAAUCUUCUCACCGUUGAAGUUUCCCUUUCCAAGGUCACGAUGUCUAAGCCUGGCUCUCCCAAAGAGCCUGAACAGAUGCGGAAAAUCUUUAUUGGUGGACUGAGCUUUGAAACAACUGAUGAAAGUCUAAGAAGCCACUUUGAACAAUGGGGAACACUCACAGACUAUGUUGUAAUGAAAGACCCAAAUACCAAGCGCUCCAGAGGUUUUGGGUUUGUCACAUAUGCCACUGUGGAGGAGGUGGAUGCAGUCAUGAAUGCAAGGCCACACAAGGUGGACGGAAGAUUUGUGGAACCAAAGAGAGCUAUCUCAAGAGAAGAUUCUCAAAGACCUGGUGCCCAUCUAACUGUGAGAAAGAUUUUUGUUGGAGGCAUCAAAGAAGACACUGAAGAGAAACAUCUAAGAGAAUAUUUUGAGCGAUUUGGAAAUAUUGAAAUGGUUGACAUCAUAACUGACCAAGAGAGUGGGAAGAGUAGAGGUUUUGCUUUUGUGACUUUUGAUGACCAUGAUUCUGUAGACAAGAUUGUCAUUCAAAAAUAUCAUAUUGUUAAUGGCCAUAGCUGUGAAAUAAGAAAAGCCUUAUCCAAGCAAGAGAUGGCUAGAGUUUCAUAUAGCCAAAGGGGUCUACGUGGUUCUGGAAGCUAUAGUGGCAGUCUUGGUGGUAAUUUUAGUAGGAAUCCCAACUUUGUUUAUGGGCAACCUGGCUUUGGUGGCAGUGGAGGUGCUGGUGGAUUUAGUGGUAGUUCAUUUGGUUUUCAUGGAUUUAGUGAUAAUGAAAAUAAUUUUCUAAGUGGUGGAAGUUACAAUAAUUUUGGCAGUUACAGCACUCCAUAUUCACAUUUUGGACCUGUGAAGGGAGGAAAUUUUGGAGGCCCAACUUCAGGUCCUUAUGGUGGUGGAGGCCAAUACUUUGCUAAACCAAGAAACAAAGGCAGUUAUUGUGGUUACAGCAGUGAUAGAAAGUAUUGAUUGCCUGGAAAACUUUGCAGGUAGGAGAGCCAAAGACAUAAAAGGGAAGCUACAGGUUACAUCAGAUUUGUGGACUCAGCCAAUGACCGUGU